AUGGACCUGUCAUUCCCACCAAUAUACCUCCUCAAAUCCCACUUUGAGCGUAAUUUAGAUGAGCUUCACAAACUUGAAACGCAAAUAGAUGUUGUCUUCGACAUCACAGAAGCGAAAUUGGUGCUUGGGAAAGUCAAUUCCAAAGCGCGGGCCCAAUAUGACCUUCGGACGCUAGGAUUAUUUACAAAAGAGGUCGAGAAAGAUAAAAGAACUCGGCCUAUAAUUACCAUUGAUGAAGGGGAGCGAUCACAUCCAACCAAACGCCGGAAGGCGGGCAAAAAUGGCUCGCCAAAAGCCAUCAUAGUGAUUGAUUCGAGUACCGCAUCCGAGCCGGAAACAGAGAGCGAGAGCAAAUCGAGAAGACCAGCUGCUAUUACCGCUAGUCCAACCAGUACUGUUGAUUCAAGGCGAAGAGGCUCGAAUUCCCGGCGAGAUCACUUAGAGCACCACGGCGAUACUAUCAAAGUACUAAAGCUUUCUUGGUAUACGGAUUCGCUCGCAUCGGGGAAAUUGUUACCAAUCGAUGAUUACUUGGUCUACGAGGGAAAGAUUCUUGAUCAGCCGAAAGAUAAGAACUUAACCCCCAAUAAAGCACCAAUUACGUCAAGCAUCGUGUCGAGUGCCCGAAUCGAUGCACCAAAUUCUCGUAAUUAUUUCCACAAACGUAGAAGGACGCAAUCUGAAAGUCAAGCUAUACAGUCAAAUAGCCACCCAUCUCUGCUUCCGGAGAGCACCAUGGAGAAAGAGGAGGUCGAUAAUCUCCCCCCAGUUCCAGACUCCUUACUCACUAAGUAUUCAUGUGAGCGACCGACACCUGUUCACUCCCCCAAUGAUGCUUUUGUCUCUCAGCUCAGAAUCAUCAAAAAAGCUCGCAUCCUAGCUGGCGGCACCCACGCCCAUUCCCCCCGCGCAUAUGGUGCUGCCAUCGCAACUAUUCUUGCUUAUCCGUAUACAUUAACCACUACCCACGAAUUACUCCGACUUCCCAACUGUGGUCCCAAAUUCGCGACGUUAUUUCAAGAAUGGAAAGACACAGGGCGCAUCAAGGAAGUCGAGGAAAUCCAACAGGACGAGAAGCUGAAAUGUUUGGGUAUUUUUUAUGAGAUAUUCGACGUCGGCGAACAUACCGCUAGGGAAUUCUACAGGAAAGGAUGGAGGGAUCUCGAGGAUGUUAUAGAGCAUGGUUGGAGCACCCUCACCAGAACUCAGCAGAUAGGAGUAAAGUAUUAUGACGAUUUUCUGAUGCGGAUCCCUAGAGAGGAAGUCGAGAAAAUCGGCAAUAUAGUCUUGGAUCACGCCAACAAAUUGCGACCGGGGUUUCAAAUGGUGAUUUGUGGUGGAUAUCGACGAGGGAAGGUGGAUUCCGGUGACGUUGAUAUCAUCAUGAGCCAUCCGGAUGAGGAGAGCACGGCAUAUUUCUUGGAAGACCUUUUGUUUGCGCUAGAGAAGAGCAAGUACAUUAGGCACACUCUCAAACUAUCUACGAGAAAUAGCGACAGGUAUCAGAAUCCGGUCUCUUGGAAGGGGGGCGAACGGAGAAAGGGCGGAUUUGACACACUGGAUCAUAUGUUUGUGGAUUGGCAGGAUCAAGACUUGCCUAUUAUGGACGACGAUAUGGAGAGGGACCCUGACGCGGUGAAUCCGAAUCCCCACAGGAGGGUGGAUGUGAUCAUUAGUCCGUGGAAGACGGCUGGAUGCGCGGUAUUGGGCUGGACCGGAGCUACAUUUUUUGAGAGACAUUUGAGGGAAUAUUGCAGGCAGAAGCUAGGGUAUAAGUUCGAUAGUAGCGGAGUGAGAAAGGUGCAGGACGGAUCUUGGGUAGACUUGGAGAAGGGUCCUGGAGACUUGCUUGCGAAGGAGAAGAGACUAUUUGAAGGCCUUGGCUUGACAUGGAGGGAGCCCACUGAAAGAUGUACUGAUUGA